ACCUCAGAUAAAGUGAAACUGAAAGUAAAUCAACAUGAACAUGCGAUUGUGCAAGAUUUUCAUCUAUGGUACUCCAAUAAUAGCUUUUAGUAAUAUUUAAUCCCUAUUCGACUUUGAUUUUGAAUACUUGACAUGUCUUUGAAAGUACAGGAAUUAUUUGGGGGAGCCCUCAUUGUUCAACUUCCAGACAACGCUACGGACAUAAGUGACAUUCGCCAGAUUCCUGAUAACCAGGAAGUGUUUGCUCACCCAGUCACAGACCAGAGUAUAAUCAUAGAGAUCCUGGAGUAUGUGGACAAAGAUGACGAAGAAGCAAUUAAGACCCACUUUAGUGACCUGGCUUCUGACAAUGACGUGCAGAGUGGAGAUGCUGCUAUUGUACAGAUUGAGGAAAUCCCUAACACUGAUCUUAAAAUGACGCAGUGUGACAAUGCCUAUUAUGUCCUAGGACAACAGAAUGUCUCCAAAUUUAAUGAGGCAGCUAAAAACACAGUAGACAUGCACAUUGGUCUUUUUCGUAUCUCUAAAUUUACCUCAGAUAUACUGGUGACCUUCAACAAUCCUUCAUCUAUCAACCCCCAGAGUAGCAGUCAUCACCCUGUCCCUGUCAGCACUACCCCCUGGACCCCAGAGGACUUCCGGAAUCUUCUGACGUCACUCUGUGUAGUGGAUGAAGGAAUAUUUGGACAGUAGCAGGCUCUUUAUCAGCAGUAUUGGAUUCUGUUCCAAAUGUGUUUCAGAAAGAUGGUUUCCAUUAGGAAUUUACAUGGAUUUCUUUACACAAAAGUUGUCUACUGC